GAGAUGAUGGCAGGAGGUCUAUAAGAAGAGCAAAUAUGAGAGUGAGACACUGCAGGAGGAGAGAACAGCAGUAAAGAUGAAGAGAACAGUGACUGUUACUUUUCUGUUGCUGCUGCUGCUGCUGCAGAUCAGCCUGCAACAAACUCGAGCUGCAGCUGAUCCGAAGUCACUAAAACGCUCUGAUGAUCUGAAAAACAUUUUGUACGAGCAAGGAACCGCGCUGGCUGAGAUGAAGACUCAGGUGAAGUUCAUAGAGAAGGAGAACGGAGACCUGAAAACCAAAAUGACCAGACAGAUCAAACGUUCCAGGCAAACUGAGAGUCAGCUGGAGAGCCUAAAGAAAGAAAUGGCAGCACAGUUGUCGGAGGUGUCUGUAAUAAGAAGCUCACUGGUGAAUGUUGAGGCUGAAAUGGGGAAACUGAAGAAGGAGAAUGAAGAUCUGAAGAAGAAAGCGUCUACAGCUGAGGGUUAUCUGAAGACUCUAAAGAAGGAAAUCACAGAAAAACUGCAGGUGGUGUUCUCAGCAGGGCUGUCUGCAUCUGUCGGACCUCUGAGUGGUCUUGGUGUAGUGGUCUACACUAAAGUCUUAACAAACACUGGAGGAGCUUACAGUCCAAGCACAGGAGUCUUCACAGCUCCCACUGCAGGCAUCUACUAUUUCAGAUUCACCGCCUGUGGAUCAGCCAAUGGUCAGUAUUCAGGUGUAAGUCUCUACAGAAACCAGGAGAGGCUGACUCACCUAUCUGAAUACAAUAAUGAUGGAUACCCUAGACACUUCUCUGGAGGCAUCGCCAUACAUCUCUCUGAAGGAGACGCUGUUACCGUCCGUCUCCCAAGUAGUUAUCGUCUGUAUGAAGACUCCUACACUCGCAAUAUUUUCAGCGGCUUCCUUCUCUUCCCUAUGAACUCCUGAUCCUUCUGUGAAACAAGAUCUACACAAUUCUGAAUUUACAAAUAAAUCUAAACCUGUGAUGAAAUAAUUUGCAUUCUUUUUCUGUAUUUAGACCAAAAUAAUAUCAAAAUUUUAUCAAAAUAAUAUCAAUUUCAAAAUAAAUAUUAUUAGAUGUGUGGAGAGAUUUUAUGUCUGUUAAAGGGGAUGAUGUUCUUGUCUUUAAAGGUUAUAGAUAUUUUAAAAAACAAGUUUAUGUUGUGUAUGGGUUUUUGU